AUGUUCAAAUACGCCGCUGUCAUCCUCGUCGUCAUUGGUUGCGUCGCUGCCAAGCCCGGAUUUCUGGCUUCGCCUCUGGCUUACACCGCUCCUGUUGCUGCAGUUGUUGCUGCCCCCGCUCCAGUAGUGACCGCAACCAGCAGCCAGGUGAUUGCUCGGAACUACAAUGGCAUUGCUGCUGCUCCAGUGAUUGCUGCCGCGCCUGUCGCUCCUGUUGUGAAGACACUAGCUGCUCCUUUGGCGGCGCAUGUGGCGACUCCUCUAGCCUACAGCGCUGGUCCCUUGGUGUACAAUGCUGCGCCUUCCUUUCUGAUCUAA